AUGCGCGCCACUUUUGAAGUGACGCAAACACCCAAUCACAGCCGGAACAUAUAUUUCCUGUCUUCGUUUGAAGGUAUCCCAGUUCACCCUCAUGUCGGCCGGUUUUGGGAGAUCAUUGAGAAAUACAAAGUCACCAAGUUCUACACAGCGCCUACAGCCAUCCGCCUGCUGAUGAAGUACGGUCGAGAGCCGCUGCAGAAGUACGACCUCUCCAGCCUGAGGAUUCUGGGUACUGUUGGAGAGCCGAUCAACCCGGAGGCGUGGCAGUGGUACCACGAGGUCGUCGGUCAGGGCAGAUGUCCCGUCGUCGACACUUUCUGGCAGACAGAGACCGGAGGUCAUGUGUUGACUCCUCUGCCUGCCGCCACGCCUCUGAAGCCAGGCUCUGCUACCUUCCCUUUCUUCGGGGUAGAGCCCGCAAUCCUCAACGAACACGGGGAGGAACUGGAAGGCGAGGCUGAGGGUUAUCUGGUAUUCAGGAGGCCUUGGCCUGGCAUAAUGCGCUCAGUGUACAGAAACCACGAACGCUUCGAGAACACAUACUUCAAGAAAUUCCCGGGCUUCUAUGUAACUGGUGAUGAUGUAUCUGAAAGCUUUGAGUCCUAG